UUGCUGUACGCAUUGUUUACUUCAUGGAUUUUUUGCACAUUUUUUGUUUACACAUGUAUAUUUGUUGAUGAUGGAGGAGCAGAGUCGGGACACUGUUGAAGGAGGACUGUCUGUAAAGGAUGAAGAGGUGGCAGCUUUAGACACAGAGGAGGAAGAUGAGGAGGCUCUUCCUCACUCAGAGAUCCUGGAUAUUUUUGAGGAGGGACUUGCUCGACUUGUGCAAGACCCUUUACUCUGUGAUCUGCCAAUUCAGGUGACUCUGGAGGAGGUCAACUCUCAGAUUGCUUUGGAGUACGGCCAAGCGAUGACUGUGAGGGUUUUAAAGGCAGAUGGAGAGAUAAUGCCCAUAGUGGUGGUGCAAAAUGCCACCGUCCUUGAUCUGAAGAAGGCCAUUCGCAGAUUCAUGGAGCUGAAACAACAACGUGAAGGUGGAGUGAAACAUGUCAGCUGGAGAUAUGUUUGGAGAACCUAUCAGUUAAUUUUUCAAGGAGAAAAGCUUGAAGAUGACAAGAUGAGGCUUAAAGACUACGGGAUCCGGAACAGAGAUGAAGUGACGUUCAUGAAGAGACUCAGGAAAAAAUGAUGUGUGUCAAGCAAGGAAAAUUCACCGGUUCCUGUGUGUGUACUGGUCCUGCUUGCCUUGCAGAUGGGAAAUUGACUUUCACCAAGUAUUGUUUAUUGUAUGACUUGUUAUUUUAAGUGUUUUGGGGCAUUUCUUGUACACAUUACAAACUGAGCCUGUCACUCUAAGAAGUUCCAUGUAAAUAGCAUUUCUGGAGAUGUUAAACUCCCCUUUUAAUGCCAGUGUGAAGUCACUUUGUAUUGUUGUCUGCAAAUAUUAA